UAUAUAUAUAUAUAUAUAUAUAUAUAUAGUAGUUCUACUCCGGAGAAUGAAAGGCUAAUAGACAGGGGGUUUGGUUAGAGAAAUUAAUGGAGAAGCAAGAAAUACAGAGUAAGAGUCAUGUACUGGCCAUACCCGUUCCUGCUCAAGGUCACAUUAACCCAAUGAUGCAAUUCUCCAAGCGCCUUGCCUCCAAAGGGCUCCGCGUCACAAUAGUGAUCUUCUCGAGCAAGGUGCUCAAGCAUACCCGCCGACUUGGCUCGGUCGAAGUUGUGACCGUAGAUUUUGUUAGUUAUGAAGGCAAGCUUUCCUCAGAUGACUACUCAAAACAAUUCCGAGCUGCGGUGACACGAAAAUUGCCAGAACUCGUUGCAGAACUAAACAAUUCUUCUGGGCAUCCAAUAAAUUGCCUUCUGUAUGACUCCCACUUGCCUUGGCUUCUAGACACAGCUAGGCAGCUUGGCCUCACUGGGGCUUCGCUCUUCACACAAUCAUGUGCUGUUGACAAUGUCUACUACAACGUUCAUGAGAUGCAGCUAAAGAUUCCACCAGAGAAGUUGCUGGUAACACUUUCACGUUUGCCAGCACUUUCACCACUGGAGAUUACCGAUCUACCAUCAUUCGUGCAAGGUAUGGAUUCAGAAUCAGAAUCAGAAUCAGAAUAUUCCCUUCUACUGAACCAUGUGGUGGGUCAGUUUUUGAAUUUCAGGGAAGCUGAUUGGAUCUUUAUCAACACUUUCAACACCCUGGAGGAAAAGGCGGUAAACUGGUUGGAUAGUCAAAGGUCAGUAAAGCCAAUAGGACCAAUGAUUCCUUCAUUUUACUUGGAUAGGCAGCUAGAGGACGACAAAGAGUACGGUCCUAGUCUCUUCAAACCUAAUCUGGACGGCUGCAUGGAGUGGCUAGAUUCAAAAGAAACUGGCUCAGUGGUUUAUGUGUCAUUUGGAAGCAUGGCUGCGCUGGGAGAGGAGCAAAUGGCAGAAAUUGCUUGGGGGCUAAGGAGGAGUGACUGCAACUUCUUGUGGGUAGUCAGAGUAUCGGAAAAAAAGAAACUUCCAAGCAAUUUUGUGGAGGAGUCAUCAGAGAAGGGUUUGAUGGUGACCUGGAGCCCACAGCUAGAGGUUCUGGCUCACAAGUCUGUUGGUUGCUUCAUGACUCAUUGUGGAUGGAACUCAACACUCGAGGCGUUGAGCUUAGGAGUGCCCAUGGUGGCAAUGCCACAAUGGACUGAUCAACCAACAAAUGCAAAGUGCAUUGCCGAUGUUUGGCGUGUAGGCGUUAGAGUGAAGGCAAAUGAAAAGGGGAUUGUCACUAAAGAAGAGGUAGAAGGGUGUAUAAGGGAAGUCAUGGAAGGUGAAAGAGGGAAUAAGAUAAGAAGGAACUCUGAGAAAUGGAUGCAACUAGCCAAAACCGCAGUAGAUGAAGGCGGAAGCUCCGAUAAGAAUAUUACAGAAUUUGCAGCAGAACUUGCAAGGAAGUUCCAUGAAACAUGAAAAUGCUUCUAUCAAUGCUGCUUAACAUAACUCUUUGUAUUUCAUCUAUAAAUUCUUAUUAAGCCGUAAGGUUAUACGCGAAAGUUAAAGAAUCAAUCUUAGUAUUAUUCAAUAUUUUU